AUGCUGGGAGCUGUGGACGGAUCCGAAAUUGGUCUUGUGCUAACGGCAUCUGUCUUUUCUUUCCCCCUUCGCCUCCCCUCGCUCUCCUUCUGCACGCCCACCAUCACGCUCCACCCAAUAGUCUGGCUCGACCCCCAGGAGGCUGCUGAGAUCAAGCAGGCCAACUCUCGAUCUGGUGUCCGAAAGCUCCUCAAGGACGGCCACAUCAUCAUCAAGCCCACCGUUGUCCACUCUCGAGCCCGUGCUAGGGAGCACGCCGCUUCCAAGCGUGCCGGCCGACACACCGGUUUCGGUAAGAGGAAGGGUACCGCCGAGGCCCGUAUGCCUACCAAGGUCCAGUGGCUCCGAAGGAUGAGGGUUCUCAGGAGGUUGUUGAAGAAGUACAGAGAGGCUGGCAAGAUCGACAAGCACUUGUACCACACCCUCUACGCCGAGGCCAAGGGUAACCGAUUCAAGAACAAGCGUGUCUUGAUGGAGCACAUCCACAAGGAGAAGGCCGAGAAGCUCCGAACCAAGCACCUCGCCGAGCAGCAGGAGGCCCGACGAGUCAAGAACAGGGCUAUGCGAGAGAGGAAGGCUACCAGGCUCGCAGAGAAGAGGGCUGGUAUCCACGAGGUCGAGUUGGAGGAGGCCAAGGCCUAA